CGCUCCCCUUGGGCGCACUUUCUCUUGGCGUUCACCUGGCAGGGCCCUCUUUGGCGUGCUCCGGUUGCUUGGUGGGCUUGGAGAGCUUCAUUUGUAGUCAUUUUCAAGAACAGAGCUGGAACUUGAUUGUGCUACAGAACCAGCAGUGUGUCCAAGCUUGUGCCUGUGGUGCCUCACUCAGCUGUGAUGCACAGACACAAUGACAUCACACCUCUGCUGGAUGACUUAAUCCCCCCUCAUGUUUCUUACACACCAGGAUGCUGUCAUGAGGGUCAUCUUACUGCUCAGCUGGAUGAACCAGACUGUGGCAGCGCGCACGCAGGCACUCACACCCCCGCUAUAAAAGACGGACGCGCCUGCCAGGCUGGAGUCAUGACGGAGAGCGGCGGGGCGGCGGUGCGCCUGAGGAGUUGUUGCUUCCCCUGCUGUGCACCACGUUGUCAGUUCUGGCCUCGAUCUUUUUGCUCUCAAGAAAAAGCCAUGACGGCCUUCAAGGGUGUCUGGACUCAAGAGUUCUGGCGCUGUGUGGGUGCUGAGUUCUUCGCAAUGCUGCUCUUCAUCCUGCUCAGCCUUGGCUCCACCAUCAACUGGGAGGCUGUUAAGGAGGAUCCCAGCCCCCCUGAUCUGGUGCUCAUCUCACUCUGCUUUGGCCUGAGCAUCGCCACCAUGGUGCAGUGCUUUGGGCACAUCAGUGGUGCUCAUAUCAACCCGGCAGUCACAGUGGCCAUGGUGCUGACCAGGAAACUCAGUCUGGCUAAAGCGCUCCUCUACCUGCUGGCCCAGUCUGUAGGAGCCAUAGUGGGGGCUGCCAUUCUGUUCGGGGUCACCCCAGCCUCUGUUCGGGGUAGCAUGGGGGUCACCACGGUAAAUGCGAGCAUCUCUGUGGGAAGUGCCCUGGUUGUAGAACUCUUCAUCACCUUCCAACUGGUCUUCACUGUGUUUGCAACCUGCGACGACAAACGUAAUGACUUGAAGGGUUCCUCUGCUUUGGCUAUCGGCAUGUCUGUAUGUGUUGGUCACCUGUUUGCUAUUCCUUAUACUGGUGCCAGUAUGAACCCUGCCCGAUCCUUUGGAACAGCUGUGGUCACAUGGCGCUGGGAAAACCACUGGGUGUACUGGGUGGGUCCAUCUCUGGGUGGGGCUUUGGCUGCAGCCUUGUAUGAAUACCUGUUCUGUCCAGACCCAGAGCUGAAAAAACGUUACUCUGAUGUCUUCAUCAAGACGGCCUUCACUGCUACCAAACACCGGCAGGACUCAGUCACAGCCCAGGAGCCUCUCUUCACUGUCAUGGAUGUGGAGAGAGCUGAGAGGAAGGAAAGAGAGAGGGAGAUAUCAGGGGAAGUGUUGUCCUCUGUAUGAGUAAACACAGUCCAGACUGCCGAUUCACUCUGACUCUGACCUAAGAUUGGGCCUUUCUGUUGGUGACAAACAGUCAGAUUGUGUUUGUCCAUAUUACCUGAAGGGCUGCCAGACCUUUUGCCAGCAAAAUGGAAGAAAAAGAUUAGAGUUAAGUAAGUGACAUUGUCAGAACUGUGUUUGUGCUAAUGACAGUUUAGAAAUAUACAGCAUUCAGAUUGCUUCAGCUGCACCUUCACAGUAUAUUUAUUAUUGUCCAUAGGACCUUUCCUGUGAUGGAAAUGAUGCAUCUAUGAUUUAAUGUCAUGGAGUAAAAGAGACUGCAUGGGGGUGAAAAGUGAAACACAUCGCCCAUCCUCAGUAAUAGACAGAAAAGAAUAAACUGGCAAAUUAAAAGAUGUAGUGUAAAGUUACUUUAGAGCUCUGCAACACAUAACAAAAGAGGGUCAAUGUCACAGCUUAUUCUUCUACAUCAUUUUACCGCUCUAUUUCCCUCAGCGGCCUCCGGCUUGAAUAUGUAUUCGCCCUGACUUGUAAUGGCUCACAGCAGGGAAAGUACAAUGGGAUUUGAAUGAAGCCAACAGUAGUCACAAACAUGACUUUUCCUGACAUAUUGCCACUUUUGCUGUUUUCAGAACUCCAGUAGGAGUGACACCACCGAUCUUUUUGUUGCACAGACAACAUAAGCUAGCACUAUUACUUCCUGACAUAUAGGCGCAAUUACGUCUUCCCAUCAACCAGUUUGGAAGAGUACAUUUUUUUGGAGCUCCAUUGCUUUUCAGAUUUUUAUGUAUGUAUAUAUGUAUAUGCAUAAACAUUAACACUAGCUCAAAAUUAAGAAAGAUUCCAUUUAAACCUCUCAUUUUUGAGAGAACAAACUGUGAUCCAGUAUUAAUUUUAAACUUAUAUGUGAGGAGGUUUAACUUUAAACAUGGCUGUCUUUGUUUACAUGAACUGAGCAAGGGAGUGAAACAGACUCACUCCCGCUGGUUCAAAUCCCCACCGAGCUGAGCUGACUUGCAUGUCAAAGUGUCCUUGAGCAAGACACUGAACCCCAAAUUGCUCCUGAUGUGCACCUUGCAUCAGAGAGCUGGUGACUGGUCCAUGGUGUACCCUGCCUUCGCCCAGAGACAGCUGGGACUGGUUCCAGCAAAACCCCUGGGACCCUGUAAAAGGGAUAAAGCGAUUACAGACAAUGACAUGACAUGACUUUUGGGACGCAGUUUUUGAUGUGUUAGCAUGGAAUGUUAUCAGUUUCCAAUUUACGAUUUUACGACAGAUAAAAUUAAGGUAUUGUGUCAUGAGAUUUCCAAUGCAAAAGAUUAAUAUUGUCACAUAUAGGCCUUAACCAUUAUUGACUGCUCUUGUCAGUUACAGAUCUUUCAAAUCCAUUUGUGCAUUAUAUCAACAAUAUGAUGUAACCACAUACCAUAUAUCGAGCCAGUCAACAUGCAGGUUGUUGUGUUUUUUCAUUAAAUAAAGAGUGUGAACAAA